AUGGAGUACUUGCUAUACAAGACCCAGCUCAGCCUCGACUCCAACAGGAUGGAGAAUGAGGUGCUGAAGCACGAGCUUGAGGGACUCAAGAUGGACCUGAAGCUGGCCAAGCUCAAGAGUCGCCGCCAGCAGAAGCAGAAGCUCCGAGUCCGUGAGGCCAACUACAUGCUGAAGGUCAAGGUGAUGCACCUCAAGGCUGCCCUCCGCGAGGCCGAGGACAAGCUUGAGAGUCUCCAGGAUGAGGGUGAGGACCUCCGCAAGGAGGAUACCGCACUCAUCAGCGACGAUGAGGACUACAUGGAGGAUGAGGGGUACAACGGGAACGGGCAGGAUGAUGAUGAGGACGAUGAGGAUCGCGCCUUCAUCAACGACGAGCCCGAGGAACCCGAGCCCCUUCGCACCGUAGAGGCCACCGCUGAGGAUGAGGAAGAAGACCCCGAGGAGCCCCCGUUCGAGGACAACACUAUCGUCCUCGACGACUUUUAG